AAAGAAGCAGCAAUGGCAGCUAGAAGUCUCAUCAAGGAAUUCUGUGAGGAAAUAACUUGUUCCGUUUGCCUAGAGUAUUUCAAAGAGCCAGUAAUCCUGGACUGUGGUCACAAUUUCUGCCAAGCCUGUCUCACCCAGUGCUGGGAGGAGCCAGGCAGAGGCACUUCUUGCCCUCAGUGCAGAGAAAGCUUCCAGCAAAGGAACUUCAAGCCAAACUGGCAGCUGGCAAACCUUGUGGAACUUGUCAAGAAACUUCAAACUGGAAAAGGAGCAGAGGGGAAGUGGAGAAUGUGCGAGAGGCACCAGGAGCCCCUGAAACUCUUCUGCAAUGAUGAUCAGGCCUCCAUCUGUGUGGUGUGUGACAGAUCCAUGGGGCACAGAAAUCACAAUGUACUUCCUAUGGAGGAGGCUUUCCUAGAAUAUAAGAAAGAGAUCCAGUCCCAGCUUCAGUCUCUAGAGCAUGAGAGAGAAACGUUUAAGGAACAUAAAGUGGUGGAAGACCAGAAAAGCCAGACAUUGCUGGUGCAGUUAGAAGCAGAGAAGGAGAAGACCAAGUUGGCCUUUCAAAGGAUGCAGAGUUUUCUUGAGCAACAAGAGCGACUGAGGCUGUCCCAGCUGGAAAAGUUGGAGGGAGAAAUAAAGAUAAGGGACGAAGAAAACCUCACCAGGUUCUCUGAGGAAAUCUCAGAACUAAAUCACCAGAUCUUAGAUAGGGAGGAGAAGUUCCAACAGCUUGAAAACAGAUUUGUGCAGGAUCCCAAAACUAUAUUGAACAGAUAUGAGAUGAAGACAGAAAGACAGCUGUUGGAAGUUCCUCCAAUAGUGGAGCAGACUCACAGGAUUUACUUGGAGCAAACUCCUGGGUUACAGAAGGCUCUAGAAGCAUGUGAAGAGUCUCUGAAGGAAGCACUCGUGCAGGUGCUGAGAAAAGUGAAUGUGACUCUGGAUCCGGACACAGCACAUCCCUGCCUCUUUAUUUCUAAGGAUCUGAAGAGUGUGACACGGAGUCAGACAGUGCAGAACCUGCCCAACAAUCCUGAGAGAUUUGAUACCCUACAGAGUGUGCUGGGCCGUGAGAAAUUCACCUCAGGAAGACACUCCUGGGAAGUGGAAGUGCUGAAUGGACAGGCACUCUGGGGUGUGGGUGUUGCUAGAGAGUCUGUCCAAAGAAAGGGAAAUAUCUUCCAUAAUCCUGCUGCAGGAUUCUGGGUUGUGCAAACUGCAAGUAGGUAUGAUAGUUUUUCUGGUCGUACAUCCUGGCAGAUGACUGCUUCGACUUCCUCCCAGUCAACUGUUUUAUCUGGGGUCAUUCCUCAAAAGAUACAGGUUUCCCUGGACUAUGAAGAGGGUCGUGUGGAGUUUUUUGUUGCAAACCAAAGGCUCUUCGCAUUCCCUUCAUCCUCAUUCUGUGGGGAGGUCCUCUGUCCUUAUUUUUAUAUUUUACACCAAAGCACAUUGAAGUGCUGAAUCCUAAGGAGAGUGGUUACUAUGAGGGGUUCCACAACUGGAAAGAGGUGACAUUUUAGCAUUUUCUCUGUAGCUGCUGAAGAGACACGGAAGAAUCUACAGUCUUAGUGUAUUUGUGUAUUUUUUUGUCUUUUUAAUUAAAGGUUUUGGAUUGUGAAUGCCUAUGGCCAUAUACAAUAAAUUACCUAUCCUAUC